GGUUCCUCCCCGAGGUUCCUCGUUGAGUUUGGCCGAGGUCUCAUUCCCUGGCAGCGGACAGACCCCUCCCCCCAUCUCCCAGCCCCUGUGCUGCAAGUGGGGCCUGCGGGCCCCCCCCCACGGCCCAAUCUGGGGCCGGGCCUCUGCACUUCCAGCCUCCUUUCCCUGCCUGCCUCCAGCUGGGACACAGCCCAGCCCCCCUGCACCCACCGCGCGGCCCCUCCCAGCUCACCUGGGGGUGGAGCAACAAAGAGGGGCAGGAUGCUGUUUGAGGAGCUCGACCCCCGGCAUGGCCUGUGGGAUGAGGACGGCGAGAGCAGCGAGUCGGAGGAGGAAGAAGUCUUGGGGUCGGACUGGGCAGAGGACAGGGGCUGGCUGCAAGAGGAGCCCAGGGUGGGUCACGGCCUCCCCCAUCCAUGUAACAAGUCUACGAGGCCUCGGCCAUGUCGCCGGCAGCUCUUCUCCCCCUGCAGGCCCUGGCCCCACAACCCUGCCCCAGGCCAGGGCUUGCUCCCCGGCUGGGCAGGGCACCUUUCUGGAGCUGGGCUGAACCGUGAGCCGCCAGGCAGCGAUCUCAGGGCUCCCCCGGCUGGGCUGGCACGACUGGCACCAAACCCGACAGCGUCUGCGAACCCGGCUGCCUACGAGAGCUCCUGGGAGCUGGGGACGGGUCACUCGCUCUCCACCCGGACGCUCUCCCAUCCCUCCUUCUACCCCUACUAUGCGGCUUUGUCUCGCUCCGCACCAGGGACCCAUCCAGUGCCCCACGGGGACUGGCCCCAGGGCUCUGGCCUGCAGGGGGGCCCAGCCAUUGGAUCAGGUCUCCUGCUUCCCAUUAGUUCCAGUGAAUUCUUCUACACGGAUCCCCUGAUGCCCCCAGGGCACCGGGUCUACAACUACCUCUCCCACCCCUCCCAGCAGGUCUGUCAGAGUGUCCGUCUCAGCACCCCAGACCCCAUCAUGUCGGUCCGUGAGGCUUCUCCUCCUCCCUGCUUCCUGCCCCGCAGUGGCAUGAAGUGGAUCUCGCAGGCAGAGUACAACGCGGUCAGUGCCCUGCUGGAGCUGCCGUAUGAGGAGCCGGCCUGCAACCCUGGGGAGGGCUCGCCCAGAACCCAGCUCCUCCUGUCAGCCGUGGAACCGGAGUAUGGCCGGGUGGUCACCCAGGAGGCCGCUAAUGUCCUGCUCAGCCUGCACAGCUCCCCAGACACACUGGGGGAGCUCCUGGAGGGCCCUGAACCCCCAGCACUUCCCCAUGGCCUUGGGUCUGUCAUGCUAGGGGCCUUCUUCCCCCACGGGGCUGCAGGGGAACCAGCACUUUAAUUCUCUCACCCCCUUUCCCCAGUGAUGGUCAGUUCCAAAGGUCAGGGCUGCCAGUAACGUGGCCGGGAGUCCCAAAGGCCAUCCCUCUCCCUAAUGACUUUCCUCAGAGUUUUUUAUGUAAGUUAAACCUGAGCCACAUCAUGUAGCAGGGGGUUCCACUGGCAAUGUCCUAGUUGCCUCCUCAGCGAGUUUUCCAUAGGCUAAAAUGCAGCCUAAUAUCCUGUGGCAGGGAGUUCAGCAGGUUAUCCUGGCUAUUUGCCUGCCCAAUGGUCUGUCCAAGGUUUACAGCCCAGUCAAACAUCAUGUAGUAGGGAACGCCCAAGACCAUGUGGCAGGAAGUCUCUCAGACCAUCAGCCUGCCUUUGGGAGUUUUCUGUGGAUUAAUCCCAGUCAUAUAUCCUUUGGCAGGGAGUCCCACAGUUUACCCCUUGAUUGCCUGUCUCAGGAAUUAAAUCCCUGAUAUAAUAUCUUUGUGUACUUCAGUUUAACUCUGCUACCAUCCUAAAGCAGGGAGUCCUGCUGGUUCACCAUACCAUGGGUUAAACCUUUGCAACAUCCUGUGGCAGGGAGUUCCACAGGUAAACCCAGCUGGCAACCUGGCAAAGGGCUUUUUCAACAGGCCCAUGCCGUUGUUACCCUGCAGCAGGUAGUUCUACAGGUUGACACACCCGCUGGGUGUCAUUUGGCCAUGUGUGGAAGAGCCAGGUUUGACGAUGUGAAGGGACAAUUUUGUGCCUCUUUGCUGUGGAACAGUGUUGUCAAGUGUGGACUUAUUUGUAACUUUUUCUGUUCAGUUUCUUUCAUGUUAAUAAAUGAGAGUUCCAGGGGGAUGUAAAACCCAAUGUGCUACGUCUUUAAAUCCAGUUCAGAUCCAGCCCCAGGGAGGGGAACUGGCUGGCCCAGGGGAGCAGGGAAUGGGACACGGGGCCUUUCCCCUCUAGGGGUAUCGGCUCCCUUCCAGCCGCAGGGCGGGGGACUGGCUGGCUCGGGAGGCUCAGAAGAUCUAGCCCAGUUAGCAGCCUCCCCUCCCUGCUGCCCUGAAGUGUCACAAUCCUCAGUGCUGGGGGUGGGGGGAAUUCAACGUUUU